UUUGACAUCCACGUGCGACUUUUCUAGAUCGUGUUUACUUGGACGCGUUGUGAUAUUUGAGCGGGUCUCGUAGUAAUUUUCGAAAAAAUGUCUAUCCGUGAAAAACUAUUAAUGAAAAAGAUCAAGAAGCGUGAAAAGAAAAAGAAGGAAUUAGCCCUCAAAAAGCAAAAUGAUCAAACAGUUCAAAAUUCAGAUGAUUUUGACGAUGAAGUCAGCGAUGGACAGGUUGCAGGUAGUGCUGACGAGGAGUCAAACCAGGUUCCGGGGCAAUUUGUUAUGUUGAAUAGGAAGCGGAAGCCAGAAAGUGAAACGGAAGAGGAUCCUGAACAGAAGAAGAAAAAGAAAAAGAAGAAGGUGAACCAGGGCCAAGAAGCUGAAGAAGACCAGGGUGCCAACCACGAUUCGUCUGAUCCUGAACAAAAUGGACUUUCUUCGAAAGAAAUAAAAAUACAAAAGAAGAAAAAGAAGAACAAAAAGGCGGGUGAUUCGGAACAAGAGAAUGAUGGCGAACAAUCGACACCUCCUUCAGCCACUGAAGCUUCAGGUCCUUCGCUCUCGAACACUGAUACAAUGGCAAAUCGAUCGUUCGACACAUUAAAAGGCUUCGUCUCUGACCAAACACUGAAAGCCGUUGCCGACAUGGGUUUCACAACGAUGACGGAGAUCCAAGCGAAAGCCAUUCCACCACUACUCGAGGGUCGCGAUCUUGUUGGUGCCGCGCGAACAGGAUCGGGCAAAACUUUAGCGUUUUUAAUUCCAGCCAUCGAACUCGUGUAUAAAUUGAAGUUUAUGCCACGCAAUGGAACUGGCGUGAUAAUUAUUUCUCCCACGAGGGAAUUGUCCAUGCAGACUUUUGGAGUGCUCAAGGAGUUAAUGGAGCACCACCAUCACACCUAUGGCUUAGUAAUGGGCGGCGCCAAUCGACAGGUUGAAGCAGAAAAGUUGGGGAAAGGUAUUAACAUAUUGGUUGCCACCCCUGGUCGUCUUUUGGAUCACUUACAGAACUCCCCAGACUUCCUCUAUAAAAACUUGCAGUGUUUGGUAAUCGAUGAAGUUGACAGGAUCUUAGAGAUCGGUUUCGAAGAGGAACUGAAGCAAAUUGUGAAUUUGCUUCCGAAGCGCCGUCAAACAAUGCUGUUUUCUGCAACCCAAACUGAACGAACGGACGCUCUAUCCAAAUUGGCGCUUAAGAAGCAACCAAUCUACGUCGGAGUCGACGAUGACAAAGACACGGCUACUGUUACUGGGCUGGAACAAGGAUACAUUGUGUGUCCGUCAGAGAAACGUCUCCUAGUGCUGUUCACGUUCCUGAAAAAGAACCGCAAGAAGAAGAUAAUGGUCUUCUUCUCGUCUUGUAUGUCUGUGAAAUAUCAUCAUGAACUAUUCAAUUAUAUUGAUUUGCCGGUGACUUCAAUUCAUGGCAAGCAGAAACAAACGAAGCGAACAACCACAUAUUUCCAAUUUUGUAAUGCCGAGUCAGGUACUCUGCUAUGUACGGACGUGGCUGCUCGUGGACUUGAUAUUCCGCAAGUUGAUUGGAUUGUACAAUUCGAUCCACCAGAUGAUCCUAAGGAAUAUAUUCAUCGUGUCGGUCGUACAGCCCGUGGUGAAGGCAGUUCAGGGCAUGCUUUACUAAUAUUGCGGCCUGAGGAGUUGGGAUUUCUGCGGUAUUUGAAGCAAGCGAAGGUACCUCUCAAUGAGUUUGAGUUCUCAUGGAGCAAGAUUGCCGACAUUCAGUUACAGCUGGAGCAACUUAUCAUGAAAAACUAUUUCCUGCACCAAUCGGCUAAGGAGGCGUUCAAGGCGUACGUUCGAGCAUAUGAUUCGCAUCAAUUGAAAACUAUUUUCGAUAUCAAUACACUCGAUUUACAAAAAGUAGCGGAGAGCUUCGGAUUCAAAGUACCACCCGUUGUAGAUUUAAAGGUCGGCGCAAAACGGCAACGACCCGAGAGGCGUGUUGGCGGCGGUGGUUUCGGAUACUACAAAAAUAUGAAUCGGGACGAGGGGAAGAAGAGAGUUUUCAAACAAGUGAAAGAUCGCGAGGAAAUUAAGAAGAAUAGAAAUUUCAUGAGAUGAAAAUCAUGUCUACAGAUUAUGCGUAAAAAUUAGCUGGCUAAGGUGAUAUGUUUUUCUUGCUUCCCUCUGAGCAGGGGAGAUUAUUUCAAUAAACCUUGUUUUUAAAUAA